AGACUACCCAUAUUACGCGCCAACCGAGCCACCACUCAAGUUGGCUAGAUCCCAGCUUGCACCCUUCCUUAAUUCCUGGGGCUAUUCCAUUUACAAUUCCCUUCUCAUUUCCCUCCAUUUCAGAUGGUGGCCGGCGGGUAUUUGACUAUUUGGGAAGAAGACAGAUAAGUGAUUUUGAAGCAAGUGGGAACCCUAGUACAGAGACUACAGAAAAAGUGGGAACACUGGAUUAAUAAGUCGUCGUCUGCUUGCAUGGGGUUAUCCUCACCAGCAACGAGAUCAAACAUGUCAAAAGGUCAAAAGCGAACAGCGAUAGCGUGUUGGUUCGUUAGAGUUGGACUCUUUGGGAGUUUGACCACCAUGCAGAUGAAACAGAUAUUACAAUUUUUUAAUCUCUAGACUCUAGUCCAUGCUCCAAAUCCUUUCUCUCUCUCUGAAUUUUUCUUCAAGAACCCUGUUCAGGGCUUUCAGGGGAUAACAGUUCUGUUUCAUCUUUGAGGUGGAACAGUUGGAAGGUACGCUUAGAUCGCAUCUCAUGGGGUAUCAAACACCAGAAGCUCCCGAAAUGGAUACGGGAGAGAAGCGUCUAAAUGAGCUGGGGUACAAGCAAGAACUUAGAAGAGAGAUGACUCUAUUCAAGACGCUUGCGAUUUCAUUUUCCACCAUGACCCUUUUUACUGGGAUAACUCCCUUGUAUGGUUCGAGCCUGCUCUAUGCAGGGCCGGCUAGUCUUGUGUGGGGAUGGGUGGUGGUAUCAUUCUUCACCUGGUUCGUUGGGAUAGCAAUGGCAGAAAUCUGCUCCUCUUUCCCGACUACUGGCUCUCUUUAUUUCUGGGCUGCCCAUUUAGCUGGCCCCAAAUGGGGUCCAUUUGCAUCAUGGUGCUGUGCAUGGCUGGAAACAAUUGGCCUUAUUGCUGGCAUAGGUACACAGGCUUAUGCAGGAUCACAAACCCUGCAAAGUAUUAUUUUACUAUGUACUGGUACAAACAAGGAUGGAGGGUAUUUUACUCCUCGAUGGUUAUUCCUAUGCAUGUACAUGGGCCUCACAGUUAUAUGGGCAUUUCUCAACACAUUUGCAUUAGAAGUUAUUGCCUUUAUUGACAUAAUCUCAAUAUGGUGGCAGGUUAUUGGAGGUUUGGUUAUAGUUAUAAUGCUUCCCCUUGUGUCACUGACUACACAGUCUGCUUCCUAUGUGUUCACUCAUUUUGAGAUAUCUGAGUCUACCGGGAUAACAAACAGUGUAUAUGCAAUCAUUCUAUCUGUUCUUGUUAGUCAGUACUCUCUAUAUGGAUAUGAUGCUGCAGCUCAUCUCACAGAAGAAACAAAGGGUGCAGACAAGAAUGGUCCAAUUGCAAUCCUUUCUAGUAUAGGGAUCAUUUCAUUGUUUGGAUGGGCAUACAUAUUGGCUCUUACUUUCAGCAUUCAGGAUCCAAGCUACUUAUAUGAUGUAAACAAUGAAACUGCUGGAGCAUUUGUACCAGCCCAGAUACUUUAUGAUGCAUUUCAUGGGAGGUACCAUAAUGCCACAGGAGCAAUAGUUUUACUCUUUGUUAUCUGGGGAUCCUUCUUCUUUGGUGGCCUUUCAAUUACUACUAGUGCAGCCAGAGUAGUAUAUGCUCUAUCAAGAGAUCAGGGAGUUCCAUUUUCAUCCAUCUGGAGAAGAGUGCAUCCGAAACACAAGGUUCCAGCGAAUGCAGUGUGGCUGUGUGCARCCAUCUGCAUUCUUCUUGGACUACCUAUAUUGAAAGUUAAUGUGGUCUUCACUGCAAUAACUUCCAUAUGCACAAUAGGAUGGGUUGGUGGAUAUGCUGUUCCAAUUUUUGCAAGGAUGGUCAUGGCUGAGAAGAACUUCAARCCAGKGCCAUUUUAUCUGGGCAAAGCAAGAAGGCCAAUUUGCUUGAUAGCCUUCUUGUGGAUCUGUUAUACCUGUUCAGUCUUCUUAUUGCCGACUUUCUAUCCCAUCACCUGGAACACAUUUAACUAUGCACCUGUGGCAUUGGGUGUAAGUUUGGGUUUAAUAAUGCUUUGGUGGUUUCUGGAUGCAAGGAAAUGGUUCAAGGGUCCUGUUAGAAACGUUGGUAUUCCUAAUGGGAAGGUUUAAUUUCUUCAUAAAUUUGCUUGUGUUUGUUAACGUUCCCAUUAAAUGAGUCUUUUCCUGAUUAAGUUAAUGAAUUGAUUACUGAUUACUGAUAAAAAAAAGUUUCCACCAAAUGGGAAAAAGUCAUGGGGUCCAAUUUUCUGUUUUUCUAGUUGACACUCGACAGGUCUUUCUUGUGAUCCUUCCAAGACAAAUGUCAAAUGUGCACAGAAUCUUGUCUCAGGUGACUCUUAUGAGCAUUACUACCAGGCAAAAUAUUGUUUCUUUUUUUUC